GGCAAGGAAUGACAAAUCCUGUUACCUUAAGUCUUCCAAAUGGCACCAAGAACAAAGUGCAUUGGGUGAAUAAGGAUGGUGAUGUUUGGCUUUGCAAUGGUUGGAAAGAGUUUGCAGAAUACACCAAGUUGGAUGUGUCACAUUUUUUAGUGUUUCGAUACGAAGGAAAUUCUUGCUUUAACGUGAUUAUUUUUGGAAAAAGUGCUUUAGAAAUAGAAUACCCAUUAAGCAGGGAAGCUGCUAAUGAAAAAGUGGAAGAAAUUAUCGAAGGAGGUGAGUUUUCUGCAAAAUUCAGUGAAAAGGGAAGUAAAAGACCAAAAGAAGAACCUCAAGAAAAAGAAGAACAAAAACCUAAGAAAUAUUCUAAAAAUAGAGCAUGUUCUGAUUAUUCCAAGCACAUGAAUAAUGAUGGAAGUAGUGAAAGAGAGAAGAAAGUGAGACUCUUUCAGGAGAAGGUGAAGGAGAUGUUCAACUCUAAGAAUAAUCACUUCACAAGUAUUAUACGAAAAUCAUACACUGAGAGAAAUCUUCUGAUCAUACCAGCUGAAUUUUCCAAACAUUAUCUACACAAGGAAGGACUUGCUACACUUUUUGUUGAAGAUGGCAGAACUUGGGAGGUUGAGACAAAGCUGAAUUUCUUUGGACAAUUAACAUUUUCUAGUGGCUGGAGGAAGUUUUUGUUGGACAAUAAAUUGAAAGUUGAUGAUGUUUGUGUUUUUGAGUUAUUAGAGAAUCCACAAUUUUUAUUCAAGGUUACUAUAUAUCCUCUGCAAGAGGACGACUCCACCACACCACUCUUCAAAGGCCAAAAAGGAGUUUCUCAUUUGCCUUCUUCAUCCCUUAAAACUCCUAUGACCACUCAAGCAAGGACACCAAAGCCUAAUGAUGAUCUCUUCAUCUGCAUCAAGUCAGAAUUUCCGACAAUACCAUAUGAAUAUGCGAAGAAGUUUGCUGAGGAACAUGGAAGAUUUGUAACUUUUCGUGUUGGGGAUAAAUCGUGGCAAGUAAAGUUUUUGUUUUAUGAAAAAAGUCACUAUGGUAGAUUCUCUCGUGGGUGGCAUGAUUUUGCUAGGGAUUGCGACUUGAAAAUGGGAGAUGCUUGUAUCUUUAGGAUGGUAGAUCAGGAAAAUCUUGUGUUCAAUGUUUCAUGUUUAAAAGUAAAUAAAUCACCAGGAUCCUAAGAAAAGAGAGAUAAAAGAGUAAUCAUGGUGUUAAAAAAUAACUUUUAUUAGUAAAUAAACACAAUUAAUUAUCUUAAAGCUU